CCAGAAGUGUAGAGAGGCAGAGGACACAGCCUGUGAAGCCAACAGAGCAUUGUGCAUCUCUCAGCAGUGAUGAAAGGAGUCGCAGCACUGAUGGAAAAAAUUAGAUUCUAUUUGGAGGUGUUUUUUUUUUUUUUUUUUUAAAACAAUGAAGGCAUCCCUGAGAUGAGGCCCUGAGGGACAAAAUGGGGAAGAAGUUCUGAGAGCCAAAAUAAAGUUUCAAGGAAUUUAUUUUCCUGCUUUUAACAACUUUCCUCCACUUGGGCUGUCCUGUUGCACCUCAUCUUCCUCUAGACAAGGAUUUCCCCCUCAGUCAUCUGACUGGCAGGUCUGGAAGCAUUGCAGGGGCAUGGUGUUCAAUUUACUCAGCCCAUGGGAGGAGGCCGGCUCACCUCUAUCUGGUGCAACUGUGAGUGGCUUCAGAAGCAAACUCUUGCAUCAGGUGGCAGCUCUCCAUGCAUUCGAAGAAGAGUUAAUAGGAUGUUGAACUCAUGCCAUGACCAUAAGCUUUUAGCUCUGAUGGAUGUUAAGGGGUUUGACCCAGAGGAAGUUACAGUGAAGGUGAAAGAUGGGAAGGUUAAAGUGUCAGCUGAACAUGAGGAGGAGCAUAGGACCCUAAGAGGGAAGGAAUACAACUACACAAACCUUACCAAGGAGAUCAGCUUGCCUCCAGGGGUACAUGAAGAGGAGGUGAUGUACACUGUAGGACCUAGCAGUAUGGUGAAGAUUGAAACUCCACGCAAGUGUUUUCCUUGCCUCCUGAGUCUAAUUUGAAGACAGUGGACUCUGAGCAGCAGUAGUACUGUACAUCUACAUAGUGCAAACUCCUCCUCCGGUGUUUUUUAACUCUACCUUUUAAGCAUAAGUUGGCAACUGUUCUGACCAGUUUAGAAACAAACAAUAGUGCUGCAAAACUACUUUUUUGAGUGCAAGUCUUUUGGUUUCAUUUUGAAGGGUUUCUUGUGACUUUGUCAGCAGUCAAAAGAAAUAGGGACAUUAUUCAAUAUGAAGAUAAAAAAUUGUUUAGAAAUACUAAACUAUGGUAACUUGUUAAGUAAUAAAAGACCCAUAUAGGUGUAGCAUAAUUCCAGAAGCUGACAUUGCCACUGCUCAUUGUUUCAGAGAUUAAGCCUAGAAGGGACCAUUAUUAUCAUCUAGUCUGACCUUUUGCAUAACACAGGCCAUAGAAUUUCCCCCAAUAAUUCCUCCAUCAAGUCCAUAAUUUCUGUUUGAGUUAUAGCAUAUCUUUUAGAAAAACAUGCAGUCUUGAUUUAAAGGCAUCAAGUGAUGGGAAAUCUACCAUAUUCCUAGGUAAGC